GAAUGCGAAAAUGUACUUUUCUGAGUGGUGGAUUUAGAGGUGAACGUGAUCUAGUUGGCAACGUAAAAAAAAAUGGUGAAUAGCUGCGGUUUUCGCGAGACUUUGGUGUAUAGAGGAGAAUUUGAAGUACAAUUGUUAUAGAAAGUAAGUUCUGGAAUUUUGUUGUAAAAUAUGGAUAUGGAUAUGGAUAGUCCGAUUAGCGAAGAAUUUCCAGAGGUGAAACGUAAGUCCACUGCUGCUGAAAUUCUGUAUCAGGAAUCUAACAAUGAAAGAAGGUGGAGACUUUCGUAUUUAAAGGACCAAUUCGAAAGUCUAGAAUUACACAAACUUUUCAAUAGAUAUAUCCAGAGAAUAAGCCAUGGAUAUUUUUCCCAGUUUUUGUCUCUCCAAAUCAUACUCGUAACGAGUCAUUUCAUCGUGCUUUUGGGCGUUGUAGACGACGACGACAAAAUCCACGUUAUGCCGGAUCUCAUCCUCUACGGCAUAAUCAUCCUCUUUUCAAUCCUCCUCCUAAUCGUGACCGACAUCUACGUCAAAGCUCACCCCAAACUCCUAAGAAUACUCGCAGGGACCACCUUCGUGGUCACUUUUUUCAUGAACGCUUUCAUCCCCUUUUAUAACAGAAACCAGAAAAAUUUAAGACCAGCCUACACCCCUUACUUGAUCAUUUCGAACUACAUUUUUUUGAACAUCCACAACGACAUUGUUGCUUUGGUUGUAGGUCUUUUUAUUUCUGUUUUCCAUUUGGUGAUGUUGAUACUCGUCACGUACGAAAAUGUGGACACGCUUUAUGCCAGAAUUGGCUCCGACGCGGUUUUCCUGCUCGCUAUUAAUUGUCUGGGGAUGUAUUUUCGGUAUAUGAACGAAAUCGUGAUUAGGAGGAGUUUUCUUGAUCGGAGAUCGUGCGUGGAAUCGACGCACCAGCUCAAAUUUGAAGAAGAACAAGAAAAUAAUCUCAUGUCCAGUAUUAUCCCACAACACAUCAUAGUGAAAGUGCGCCAGACUAUGAUGGAGUACAUCUCGCACUAUUCGAAAGGUAGCUCCAUGCCUAAGGAAAAACCCUUCGAGGAUCUCUACGUUGAGGAGCAUCCAAAUGUCACUAUUCUCUUUGCUGAUAUUGUUAAUUAUACGGCGAUGACCACUCAGCUCAAUGUUAUAGAUCUUCUGGAUAUUUUGAAUGAGAUGUUUGGUCGGUUCGAUGACGCGUCUGCGCAAGGGAACGUUUUGAGGAUCAAAUUUCUGGGGGAUUGUUAUUACUGUGUGGCAGGGUUGCCCCCGGAUCCUGCGCCUCACCACGCAGACGCCUGUGUGGAUCUGGGGCUCAAAAUGAUUACGAUUAUCGCCGAUAUAAGACGCCGCAAAAACGUCAACAUAAACAUGCGCAUCGGCAUCCACAGCGGCAAAAUCAGCUCGGGAAUCAUCGGCACCAUCAAAUGGCAAUACGACAUCUGGUCCAAAGACGUCGACAUCGCCAACAAAAUGGAAACCGAAGGAAUCGCAGGAAUGGUACACAUAACUAAAGCCACCAAACAACUCCUCCACAAAUCCUACACCAUGGUCCCGUCAACGAAAAUCGUCAACGGCGAACGCACCUACUUGAUCGAACCCCUUCCAAAAACCGAACCCAGCGCAAACGGCGGAGUCCCGGGGAUAGUCGAGAACCACGUCAAGCAGGACGAACCCGACCAAAACAACAACGAAAACCAGCGCAGACCCACGAUCUACAUCAAGAGGAUCAACACAGCGCCCAACGAUUUGAGAGCCAGUGUGAGCCAAUCACCGAGCACGAGGAGUUUUUCGUUGAUUAGUAACUACCAAGCCCAGCAAGACUGUGAUAUUAGCGUGGAGAAUGAGAAAAGGAAGGACUUUACGGUGGGGAAGCGACAUACGUUUCCCAAUUCGAACGAGAGGAGGAUCAGUGGGAAUCCCGGGAUGGGGGUGUUCCAGAGAAGGGUUAGCGGGAACGUGAGGAUUUCCACGGACAGGCGCUUGACGGGGAACGACAGGAAGAGGAGGACGGCGUUUAUGAACAACAACAUCAAGAGGUAUAAGCAGAGGUUGGAGGAGACGAAUAGGGAGUUGGAGGAGACUAUAGAAAAUAUGUUGUUGUCGAAAUUUGAGCAGUGGUUUAGAGCUACCGAAAUGUACCCACUACUACUUGUCUUCAAGAACUGGAAGGGCGAAAUGGAUUUUAUUAAAACCCCGGAUCCUUUAUUUAAAUAUUACCUUCUAAGCGAAAUCCUAAUUCUUCUUUUGGUUUAUGUUUUGGAAAAUUUGACGUUGUCAAAGUGGAGUUACCCCCAAUGGCCCUUUUACGUAACACUCGGUCUAAUAAUUUUCGUUGGUCUUCCUCUUACUUGGACCCACUACAUGUGGACUAAAUACAUAGCCAAAUUUGAGAAUGACCUCCCCACCAACAAAAUUAUAAGUCUCUUGUAUAACGCUUCUAAAUUCAUUACGAAUAAUUGUGUGAUGCGAGUUGUGAUUUACACAGUUGUGUAUGUGCUUUUUUGUCUAUGCGUGCUGUCGGAGUGGUUGGAUUGCUAUACUUUUGAGCUUGCCGAUCUAAACGACACUAUGUUUCAUACAAAUCUUAAUUUUUCUGCCGCUACUAAACAUAGUUUCUUAGGGUUGGCGACGGGGGAUAAUUUGAGUCCUGAAGAUCAUGUACAUUGUGUUAUACCAUGGCACAUGACAGAAACAUUCGCCCUGGCCAUAAUAAUGAGUUUCCUCUUUCUUCGAAUGUACAUGUGGUUAAAACUCCUGUACGCACUAUUAAUCGCAGCAGUAUACUCAUUUUGCAUUCUAAAUUAUAGCGUCACCUUUUAUGAAGAAAGUCAGACUUACAAUUACGCUUUACGCCCCGAAGCUUCCCACGUCAUGGGUGUGCUUUUCAUGACGCUCAUCCUCCACCUCGUGGACCGUCAGACGGAAUACAUGAACCGAAUCGACCACUUGUGGUACAAAAAUCUCGUCGAGAAGGAAGAACAAGCCAACAUUAUACACAAAGUAAACACGGUGUUGCUCGAAAAUAUCCUUCCCAUACAUGUCGCCGAACUGUAUUUAAACGUGAAAAGACAGUCCUCCGAUGAAGUGUACCACGAAACUUACCCCAACGCAUCGGUGAUGUUUGCCUCAAUAACGAACUUCUCGGUGGAGGAAAUGGGCAGUGGGUUUUUGAAAAUAAUGAGUGCCAUUAUCAGCGAGUUCGACAUGGUUUUAGUGAAUAAUAAGUACGGAAGACCCAUCGAAAAAAUAAAAAUUGCCAAGUGGACUUACAUGGCCGCCUGUGGGCUAGCCCCGGGUCUCGGUGACACCGAAAACAUCCGCAGAGACCGCUCAGACCACGUCGUCAUUUCCCUACUCAAACUCGCGGUCUGUCUCAUGCAAAAACUGAAGCAAAUCAACGCGGAACUAAUGCAGGAUAUAAAACUGCGAAUCGGGAUAUCUCACGGUUUCGUGGCUGCCGGGGUCGUGGGCUCAAAAAAACCCCUGUACGAUGUGUGGGGUGACCCUGUAAAUAUGGCUUCUCGAAUGGACACUCUAGGGGUGGUUGAUCGCAUCCAGGUGCUGGAACCCACUGCUGAAAUAAUUCAGAGUUAUGGCUACAAGUGUGUGUAUAGGGAUAAGAUUAAAGUCAAAGGGAGGGAAAAGGAUGGUCCUGUUCCUACGUAUUUUGUGGCUUUGGAUGAAGAUUUUAACUUGAUCAAGUUGUAGGGGGGAAUUAUGAAGAAAUGUUGUCUUCUUGUUGAGAAACAUGUCUCACGUUUUUCAGUAAGAUUGAAGAAAGUUGCAGAAGAGAUGAUCUGAAGAAAUCGCGAAGAUUAAAAUAAAUACUCCACUUGUAAAACGCUUUUUAAAAAUAUUUGUAUGUACGUGUUGUGGAUAUUCAAAUUCAAAUAUAGAUUUAGUUAUUUAAUUAUAAAUUA